CAGUCUUCCCCUCUCUCUCUAUUUUCCCUCUAUUUCUCAAACACACACCCUCACUUUUUCUGUGCUCACUCACUACCAGCAAGCAACACCCUCUCUCUUUCUCUCUCUUUACAAACCCUACUCUCUCUCCCAUUUUCCGACGCCAAUGCCCGCCGGCAUGGACAUGUCACUCGACGACAUCAUCAACACCACCACCGCUCGCCGCCGAUUCACCACCGCUCACGGACCAAAGCGCAACAUCGGCGUUCCUAACACAACCAGAAUCACGCCGUACUCUAUUCCUCCAUCUCAGGUUGCUAGAGAAGCGUUGCGAAGAAGCAGAAGCAGCAGCAGCGUCGAUGUUCACGAAACGAUUCUCGAUCGUGACGCUGUUCAACUUCGACCUAUCACUAAACUCUAUUUGUCUAACUUGGAUGAUAGGGUUUCCAACGAAGAUAUUCAUCUGUUGUUCUCGGAAGAAGGUGCGUUGGAAAGGUAUUCCAUCCAUUAUGAUCAGUAUGGGAGAUCAAAAGGAACAGCAGAAGUUGUCUUUACAAGGCAGUUUGAUGCUUUAGCAGCCCUCAAAAGGUACAACAAUAUGAGGCUUGAUGGAAAGCCAUUGCAAAUUGAGCUUGUUGGAAUUGGAACAAGUUCUAUUACUCCUGCUGAUAGGCCUCUUGGUCAAAGCAGCAUACCGGGAAGACCAACUCUUGGUCAAAGCAGCAUACUGGGAAGACCAAAUGACCGUGUCUUUGCAAGGGAAGAAAGGAAGAUUGGAGGUGGCAGGUACCAUAAUAGCUUUAAACAUGGCUAUUUUCCAAUGGGCCAUGGAGAAGAGAAGUUCCAUACGAGGAAAGUGUCUCUUGGAGCUAUUGGUCCCAACUUUGAGCGUUAUGACCACCGCCACGUAGAAGCAAAACGCAAUUUCCAAAAGUUGUCUGUGAAAGAUCUUGAUGAAGAUCUGGAUAAGUAUCACCUAGAGGCUAUGCGGAUUAACAAAGCAAAUGGAAAGGGAAAUCAGGAUUGAUAGCUAGAAUGAAUGACACUCCUAUUAUGAGUAAAUAGAUCAGGGAAGCACUGGGUACACAGGAGGAUAAUAGGUCAUAUGUUUGUGGUUUUGAUUUGCAUUACUUUCCUUAAGUAUUAGUUUGCCCUUUGUAAAUGUCAUUUUGAAACUUCUAGAUUUGGGCCUUCAUCAAGAUCUUUAACAGACACCUAUCAAGUAUAUUUAGACAACAUGUUCCCUGGA